AUGGGAGCUUGCGUGAGCAAGAGUAAAACUAAAGAACAGGAUUCUGAACAAAGUGGUGCUGAGUUUACUGGUGCGAAUGUGCACCUCAUCACCACCACAGAAAGUUGGGAUCAAAAGAUGGAAGAAGCAAAAAGGGACGGCAAAACUGUGAUUGCAAACUUCAGUGCAACAUGGUGUGGUCCUUGCAAAAUGAUUGCACCACUAUAUCGCGAGUUAUCGGAGCAAUACACUUCUCUAAUGUUCCUUGUGAUCGAUGUUGAUGAACUGACUGAUUUCAGUACUUCAUGGGAUAUCAAAGCCACUCCCACUUUCUUCUUCCUUCGGGAUGGCCAGCAAAUCGACAAGCUAGUGGGAGCCAACAAGCCAGAGUUGCAGAAGAAGAUAAUUUCCAUAGUAGAUUCUGCCCCGUGUCAGAAAUGA